UUGUUAACGCGCACACUGUGCAGGCGCGCCAAACCGAUCCACCGUGCAGUGCGAGAAGGGGAUGCGGGACGCGCGGGAGGAGGGCCGCUGGCCGCGUCGCUUCGCCGGGGCCGCGCGCCGUUCUCUUUCGCCAUCGGCACCGGACGAGUGCACACGUCGUGAUUAACCUAAUAUUUUUGUAUAACGCCAAUCGCCACACGUCGUAACUAUGAAACCUAUAACCUACAAUCUACGCCGAGCGGCGCGCAGCGGGCUAAGUGAGGACGGCGGCAACACGUGCAGCCAACGUGUCUCCGCGGACCACGCCGUACCACCACCACGAGUUCUACGAAGACGCAGACUACAACAGCAGGCGGCAUCAGACGGCGGAGGUCUAACCCGAGGGAAGUUGCUCGUUUCCUAUUAUUUCCUAUCCUUUUCCUAGUGUUUAUUUGUGUGAAUAGCCUAGCGGGUUUAGGUACUAUUCGUUAAUUAGCUUGCCUAUAUUCAAAAUGGUACAAAUUUUGCUUUUCUAGCCUACGACGCUAUAGUGGGCGAGUCCAUUAUUUUUGUGCCGCGUUUUCUAACCUACGACGCUAUAGUGGGCGAGUCCAUUUUGUGCCGCGUUUUCUAACCUACGACGCUAUAGUGGGCGAGUCCAUUUUGUGCCGCGUGUGUGAAAUUGCAUAGCCUAAACUUAAUUUCAUUUAAAUCGUGCAUCCUAAACUACGUGUACGCCUAAUUAAUCUAAAAGCAUCUAUAUUAAUGCACCUAAUAAUUAUUUAUUGUACACACUAAAAGUGUACCUACGCCUAAUGCACUAUAAGCAUAUUAAUUUUGCAAAUUGAGGUUUUGGUUCUAAGUAUUUACCAAAAUACAUGCCUAUUGCCUAAUAAAAGUAAAUUCCUAACUAGCGCAACAAUUAAUACAGUUAUUAUACCAAAGCUUGCCGACUAUUUCAGUUGCGGUGAAUGUGCAUGUGCUUCGCUCAACCAACUGCUAGCUACCUGCGGCCUGUCUACUAAUCGCAGCGCAGGUGCCUGGUGAGUGCUGCCUACUUCGUGCUGUCACAGCUUCAAAAGGUUACCGUGAGUUAGCGGCUUUGAGUUUCUAUUGUAAUCUGUGCCUACCCAUUCAUUGUUGCCUCUAAAGUGUUAGGUAGUUUAUUCUUUUAACUAAAUUUGUACCUAAUUACAAAAAAUAUUGUGUUAGUGAGUUAUUCAAAAUGAGUGAAAGUGAAAAGUCAGAGAUUCAAGUUCCUAUUAGAAAACGUAGUGCCAUCAAAGGCCAAGUUACAAAAUUCUACAACUAUUUACAAGAGAUAUCUAAAAAUACUCCAAUUAGUAGCUUGCAGUCUAAAGAAAUUGUUUUAAAAAUAGAGAAAUUUCAAACUUUAUUAAGUACAUUUGAUACCUUGCAAACUGAAAUUGAAUUGAAUUGCUCAGAUUUAGAGGAACAGUUAGCUGAGAGAGAAUUAAUUGAAGAAAAUUUUCAUAAGUGUAUCGCAUUGGCUCAAGAAAUAAAUGAAUCAGCGAGUGUUUCAAAAACUGAACAUCAAAAGCAUGAGUCAGAAUAUGGUAGUGUAAAUAAUAGUCAAUGUAGUCAUAGGUUUAGUUCAGUAAAAUUGCCCACAAUAAAAUUGCCAUCUUUUGAUGGAAAUUACCUUAAAUGGCUGGAAUUUAGAGACACUUUUGACAGUUUAAUUAAUAGUAAUGAAAAUAUUCCUAACAUAAACAAGUUUCAUUAUUUAAGGUCAUCCUUAGAAGGAGGAGCACUAGUAGUUAUCAAAUCAAUAGAAUUCACAUCUAACAAUUAUAAAGUAGCAUGGGAUUUAGUUUGUCAAAGAUAUAAUAAUAAAAAUUUACUUAUAAAUAAUCAUUUAAAAGCAUUAUUUAAUAUAGAAGUCUUAACAAGAGAAUCUCACAAAGCUUUAAGAUUCUUAAUUGAUUUAGUUUCAAAAAACUUAAGAGCACUAAAUACUUUAGGGCAGCCAACAGAUAAAUGGGAUGCUUUAAUUAUUUAUAUGGUGUCCACAAAGCUAGAUAGCACCACUAGUAGAAAGUGGGAAGAAUUAAAAAAUGGGUUACCAGAAUUACCUACUUUAGAGCAAUUCAAUGAUUUCUUGCGUAACAGGGCAGAUGUUUUAGAAACAACACAAGUUCAAAAUAUAAGUAGGAAUGAUAAUUAUAAAUCACAAGGUCCUAGGGAGCAAAAGUAUUCUAAUUCUAAGUCUUUUGUUAGUUCAAUGAGUAACAACAAUUCUUACAAAAAGUCAUGUGAUAUUUGUCAUGAAAGUCAUCAUUUGCAUGCAUGUUCAAAGUUUAAUGAUAUGUCAACUGAAGCUAGGUUAGAUACAGCCUUAAAGUUGAAAUUAUGUCUCAACUGUUUGCGAAGUGGACAUACUGCAAAACAUUGCUUCCUAAAAGGUUCCUGUAAAUAUUGUAAUAAGAAACAUAACUCUUUGUUGCAUAAAGAUUCUACUGUAGGAUGUAGUAGUAGUAGUUCAAAUACAAAUAAUAAUAACUUACCUUCAAAUACUUUACCCACAACACUUUCAGCAGUCUCUGCAAGUCAGGUACUAUUAUGUACAGCUAUAGUGGAAAUUGUAAAUCCUGAAAAUAAUAUUUCUUACCGUGCUCGAGCUCUCCUUGACACAGGUAGUCAAUCAUCGUUUAUUACAAAUAAAUUCAAAAUAAAGCUAGGUCUACAGACACAAUGUUCAAACCCAAUACGUAUCGCUGGCAUUGGUAAUGUGCAGUGUGACAUUACAGAGAGGUGUAGUUUGAAAUUAUUUUCAUGUAUUGAUAAAUCAUUUAACUUAGAAAUGAUGUGUUUAGUAGUACCACAAAUAACUAGUAGUUUACCAACACUAAAAGUUGAUGUUAAAAGUUUAGGGCUGCCGGCUAACAUAAUCCUUGCAGACCCUGAGUUCCAUUGUCCCUCCGAUAUUGAUAUGUUAUUGGGGGCAGACGUUUUUUGGGAAAUAGUAGGUACCCAACAAAUAGGAUUGGGUAGACAUCGGCCUAUAUUACAAAGCUCUAAGUUAGGCUGGCUAGUAACUGGCCCUAUAGGAAUAGGACAGUCUAAUUUGUCACAUGAAAAUUCAUAUAUUAAUGUUUUAAAUUGUAGUAUUAUAAAGGAUGAUAUUCAUGAUUCAUUACAAAGAUUUUGGGAGGUAGAAGAAUUGCCUUCAAAUAAAAUAUCUUACACGCUUGAAGAACAAGCAUGUGAAAACAGUUUUAAACAAAAUACAAGUCGCUUGCCAAGUGGUAGGUUUUUAGUUAAAAUGCCACUGAAAGAAUCACCAGAGGAAGCAUUAGGUGAUUCAUACAAUAUUGCCAAAAGGCGUUUUUUUAGUUUAGAAAACAAGUUAGAUAAGAAUCCUAAUAUUAAGAAACAAUAUGUAGAUUUUAUUAAUGAAUAUUUAGAUUUAGGUCAUUUGGAAGAAAUAGAGCGUCCAAGGUUCGGUAAUUAUUUACCUCAUCAUGCAGUAUUGCGUGAAAAAAGCGAAACAACAAAGUUAAGGGUAGUUUUUGAUGCCUCAGUAAAAACAACCUCUGGAAAAUCACUAAAUGAUAUCCAGAUGAUAGGUCCAGUAAUACAAAAUGAUUUAUUUAAUAUUAUGGUAAGGUUUCGUACUCACAAAUUUGUUUUAACCGGUGACAUAGAGAAAAUGUAUAGACAAAUUUCUAUUGAUGAGUCACAACGUCAUUUACAAUUAAUUUUGUGGAGGGAAGAUACAUCUCUACCACUUAAAGUUUUACAAUUAAACACUGUAACAUAUGGUACAGCUUCAGCACCUUUCCUAAGUACUAGAUGUCUAUUGCAAUUAGCUGAAGAAUGUACAGAUAUGUCUAUUGCUAAUAUAAUUAAGAAUGAUUUUUAUUAUGAUGACCUAAGUACUGGAGCAUCUACAGAAGAUGAACUAUUGAAAAUCUAUAACUCUGUGACUGAAAUAUUAAGUUCAGCAUCAUUCCCAUUACGCAAAAUACGCACUAAUUGUCCAAAAAUAUUUGAAAAUGAUGUAAAUAAUAAUACAUUAAAUCUAACUAAACAGUCAUGUGUACUAGGGUUGAAUUGGUCACCUACAGUAGAUUUGUUUACAUUUCCUAUAGACAUAAAUAUAGAUUCAUUAAAUAUUACUAAGAGAACAAUAAUAUCUACAACUUGUAAAAUCUUUGACCCUUUAGGUGUCUUGUGUGCAUGUAUCAUUACUGCCAAAAUAAUAUUACAACAUUUAUGGAGCGCUAAGAUAGACUGGGAUGAUUCAGUACCUGAUGAUAUUAAGAAUUCUUGGAUUAAAUUUACAAAAAACCUUUCAGAUCUAUCAAACAUAAAAUUGGAAAGAAAUGUUAUCUGUGACUUGCCAAUAUCAGUAGAGCUGCAUUGUUUUGUAGAUGCAUCACAGAAUGCAUAUAGUGCUUGUGUUUAUUUAAGGACAACUAAUAAUAAUAAUCAAAUUACAGUUAAGCUGUUAUGUGCCAAGGCUCGAGUGGCUCCAUUGAAGCCAACCACCAUACCUCGCUUGGAGCUGUGUGGUGCCUUACUCGGAGCAAGGUUAUGUGCAAAAGUUUUAGAGUCACUACGUUGUAAUAUUAUCAGUAAAACUAUUUGGACCGAUUCAAUGGUAGUACUUGGUUGGCUAAAGGUUCAAUAUAAGCAUCUAAAACCUUUUGUUCGUAAUAGAGUAAAUGAGAUCAAUGAAAUUACAGCAGACUAUUCAUGGCGACAUGUGCCUACUGACUGUAACCCUGCUGACCUAGCCUCAAGAGGUGUAACUCCACAACAGUUGCAGUCCUCAUCCUUGUGGUGGGAGGGACCUUCAUUUCUUAGAAGGGACCCAAGUGAGUGGCCUCAGCAAGGUGUACCAAAUUUAGAAUUACCAGAACUUAAAGUAAUGGUUACUAGUGUAGACACUAAUUUCUUAGAUUUUACUAGAUAUUCAAAUUUUACUAAACUUAAAAGAAUUAUGGCCUAUGUUCAUAGAUUUGUUAAUAAUUUUAUUUGCAAAUAUAGUAAAAAUAAAAACUUUAAUAAGCUAACAGGUUGUCUUAGCACAGAUGAACUUUGUAAUUCCCUAAAAACAUUAAUUAGGUGUUGCCAAGUGCAAUCAUUUUCUUGCGAAUUAAACACAAUUAAAACGAAUAAAGAACUGCAUCACAAAUCCAAAAUGCUACCACUAAAACCAUUCAUAGAUGAAGAUGGUAUACUUAGAGUGGGUGGUCGUAUACAAAAUACAAAUUACAAUUUUGAAAAAAGACAUCCAAUUAUACUUGAUGCCAAACAUAGUUUUACUAAAUUACUUAUGAGACAUGAGCAUUUAAGGUUAUUUCAUGCCGGACCACAACUACUUUUAUCUUCUAUAAGAGAAGAAUAUUGGCCUAUAGGUGGUAGGAAUUUAGCUCGUAGUAUUUUAAGAAAAUGUGUAGUAUGUAUACGAUUUAAAGGUAAAACACUUCAACCUAUAAUGGGUAACCUUCCUAAUGUAAGGACAAAUCCUAGUUUUCCUUUUUAUUCAUGUGGAACAGAUUUUGCAGGUCCGUUCAUGAUUUCAAGUAGAAAAGGUAGAGGUAGUCGAGUAUCAAAAUGUUACCUUUGUUUAUUUGUUUGUCUUACAACUAAAGCUGUUCACUUGGAGCUCGUUAGUGACCUUACUACUCAAGGUUUUUUAAUGUGCCUUAGGAGAUUUGUUUCGAGAAGGGGAAAACCUUACGAAAUUUAUUCAGAUAAUGGAAAAACAUUUGUAGGGGCUAACAAUGAAUUGGGUAGAGUGCUUAAGUCUAGUCGCGAGGCUGUGACAGAGUAUGGCAGUACUGAAGGCAUUAGAUUUAAAUUUAGCCCUGCAUAUUCACCUCAUUUUGGGGGUAUUUGGGAAGCUGGGGUUAAAUCAUCCAAACAUCAUCUUAAGAGAAUAGCUGGCAACGCAGCCUUAACAUUUGAGGAACUUGCAACGUUGUUCACACAAAUAGAGGCUAUCCUAAAUUCCCGUCCCCUAUCUCCUCUCUCAUCCGACCCAACCGAUCUCCUACCCUUAACCCCUGGGCACUUCCUAAUCGGGCGGCCACUCAAGUCGGUGCCGUCCUUGCUAAUUGAAAAGUCUAGAGCUAACAGAUACGAGCGUAUAGAGCAGCUGCGGCAACAGUUUUGGGAGCGAUGGCGCCGAGAGUACCUCGCCGAACUCCAACAGAGGACCAAGUGGCGGAGACCAGACCGGGAACUCAAAGUAGGCGACUUGGUCAUCCUCAAAGAAGACAACCUACCUCCAUUAUGCUGGCGACUAGGCCGCAUAACCAAACUUUACCAAGGACCAGAUGGCGUCAGCAGAGUCGCCGACGUCCUCACAUCGAGAGGGACUGUCAAGAGGGCAGUCCACAAGUUUUGCAUCAUACCUGGAGAUGACAUCGACCCAAAUUCAACUGCUUGAUAGCUGUGCUAUCAAGGCCCGGGAGGAUGUUAACGCGCACACUGUGCAGGCGCGCCAAACCGAUCCACCGUGCAGUGCGAGAAGGGGAUGCGGGACGCGCGGGAGGAGGGCCGCUGGCCGCGUCGCUUCGCCGGGGCCGCGCGCCGUUCUCUUUCGCCAUCGGCACCGGACGAGUGCACACGUCGUGAUUAACCUAAUAUUUUUGUAUAACGCCAAUCGCCACACGUCGUAACUAUGAAACCUAUGUAACUAAUUACUUUCUUAAGAAUAUAAGCAGUUUGUACCAGAGG